CAACGCUGCCACCGAUUCUAAGCACUCCACAAUUAAUAUGGCGCCACAGUAAAAAGGCUUCACAUGGUAUAGCGAUGACGUGAGUUGGGGUCAUGGAGCAAUAUCUAUAAAGAGACAACGCAAAGGGGGGAAUUUGGUUCUUGUUUGCAUUGGACUUAAAGCAGUAACUACACCAUGCCAGUCUCCAGGAGGCAUCGACAGGAUAAAGCUAGGAACGUGCCACCGCAGGAUCCCCAGUCAGCGCUCGACCUACGUUCCUACGCCCAAGAUUCUUGUCUGAGCAUGGAGAAUAAGCACGCCCAGGAUGCCAAUGCCUCGAACCUUCAUGGCAAUCCCACCGUAGCAGGCGUUCAAUCCGGCGCUAACCCUCAUUACCAGAAUACACCGACCAAAGGCAGCUCAACUUACAUUUCGAGGAGUCACAAGCAUAAUAAGCAAAUAUUCAACCUUCCGCCUCCGGCGCUUCGAACGACGUCAGACAGCUGGUCAACUCAAGCCACGCAGGGCGACACGACCAGCCUUACCGAUCCCAAUAGCGACACCACUUCCUAUUUUUCUCAAUACACUCAAAACACUCCCGUCCUUAGUGUCCCAACGUACCGAAAUUCAACCCCUCCCUCAGUUCUCCCAACAACAAACACACUUGCCACGAAAGGAACUGAUGAACUGAAAUCGCAAGAGGUGAACGAACUAGCAGAGCAACAAGCAGCAGAAGCUCUGGCAUUGCAAAUGCAGAGAGCAGAACUUGCGGAAGCCGAAAGGCUCGAAAACGCAGCGCUGGCAGCACGGGGACGCGCUGUUGCCUAUGGUGCACAUCCAUCACAUGGCAGAUUGUACGGAAGUCCUAGUGAGGACCGAUAGGGCUACCCAUACUCAGGGCAGGGCCCGCCUCGCUUUAUCUGACUGUCCAAUUGC